UUCAGUGUAAACUUUAUCACUUUAGAAGAAGUCCUGUUUUAAAAAGCAUAAUUGCUAAAAUCAGACCAGAAAACUUAAAUGUCAUGUUUAGCAAUAUGUAUAAAAACUAGGUGCUUAGGUUUAAUUGAAGUUGAGUUGUUUUUCUGUUCUUUCUGUUUUUUAUAAGUUCAUGGCUUAGGCUUCACUGUAGUUGGUAUGUUUGCUCUUCUGGUGGGUUGGUUGGGGUUUUUUUUAUGUACAGUUAUUAAGAUUAAUUGUAAAAAGUCUGUGGAUUCUCUGACCCAGGUUGUUUGUUAACUAGCAAGGUUAUAAAUUUGAGCAAUGCAAUAUAUGUAUAUUGUAACUGAGCAUACUUUAGAUUUGCUGCUGUGUUUGUUGCUGAUCAGGUUAGUCAGUUUAUGGUUUUUUUAUGAUACUGCAGUCACAAGAGCAACUGCAGUGCAGGCAAAUCCCAAAGGCAGCUUUAAGUUACUUAUUUAAAUUUUGUUUAGGUGAGUGAUCUUUUGCUGGUAGACAUCUGGCUGAGCAAUGCUUUGUCUUAAGUGAUGAACUUGACACGUUUUUCAAAGUGAAAAUCUCCUUUAAAUCAUGAGGCCAGUCCUGAUGCUUAUGCGAGAAGAACAAGUGUAGGUAUUCCUGUCUCUCAACAGCACUUAAUUUGGAAUAAUAUGGAACUGAAGGAUGACUAUUGUUUGGAUGAUUAUAACAUUUCAGAAGGCUGCACUCUGAAGUUGGUUCUGGCCAUGCGAGGUGGACCUGUUAACACCAGAAGAGUUCCUGUGAAAGAUCCUAUCAGGGAAAUGGCUGAAUACAUGGAUCCUGCUAGAGACAAGGUCUGGGAGAAAGGGCCGUCCAACAAACAAGUUACCUUCCUCGUGUAUCGCGAAGGAGAUCGCUUGAAUUUCUUCCGUGUGGUUGACCGGGGCGAUGGCACUUUAACACCACUGUCUGAAUCUUUGAGUGGUGGUUCAGUUUAUAAUUUAUAUGCUGAUGAUGAAGAUGAGACAGAGGCAUCACCUUCUGGCCAACAGAUUAUUGAGAAUUCAAUUACUAUGAACAAAAUGAAACUGCUCAAGGCAAAGAUGGAGAACAUGAAUCUGAGUAAAAAGCCUAAGAAAACUGUCAAGGUGAAGCCUCGGCCUCCCAUGACUCCUCGACCGUCGAGUGGCUCGGUGGCUGCUGCCCGUCACCGCUUCCUCAGAGUGCUGCCCCACAUCGGACAGUCGUGCCUACCUCCUCCUGGGCAUUUGCAUCAGUCAGAGUCUCCCCAAAACGCACUUUCAGCACUGGCUACUUUGGCCACUGCUAGUAGAACAAUGCCAGCCACUGCUAAUCACUUCCUUAAGGAAGAUGAUGCUUGGCAGAGCAGCUCUUGGUCUCAGCCAGUCAAUAGCAUCAGGUUACCACCGAAAAUAUCUCGUGUUGAACUAGAAAAUGCAAAGCUACCUACAAACAGUAUUAUGACUCCUCUUUCAUCCCUGCCUGCAAAUUCAGAAAAAACACCUGAAAAUGCGACCUCAGCGAGUGAGGAGGAUGCUGUUUUGUUUCCAAACCUAACAAACGUGGAGCUAUAUGGAAAAGAAGAACAUCUAUCUGAACCAGAUGGUUAUGCUUUUUUAACAGAAGGAAGCACUGCUGAACAGUGUAGUGAGAUAUAUGACAUAGGAAAGGUGAACCCAGAGCUUGAACUGCCUGAUGGAGACAAAGAUUCUAAGGUUGUAGAGCAACACAGAAAACCUGUUGGCAAAGUGCUGAGCACUGCAGCAAUGGAGACUGGUCUUCUCAGUACUCGUGAAUUAAGUCCUCAGAAGAAUCUGCUUUUGUCUCCCCUGCGCUAUUCAGCGCAAGUGGCACAUCACAGUGCCCUGAAACCACAAGCACAGCCCAGGUGCUUUGAGGCUGGUAACUUGAGAUCUGCAGCCUCCCCAAAUGUGCUUCGAUCAUUGGAAGUACGUAGUAUAGCAGACUCCUCUUUUCCUAGGACCACUAGAUUUUGUAGUGUGAAAGUAGAGUCACUUGGCAAAAGACCUGAUGUGAUUUCUAAAGCAGAGACUAGGGACAUCACAGAUGUGGCUAGCAAGGCAUCCAAAGAACCUGUGAGUUCUGUAAGUAACUUAGGAUUUCUGGCUUCGCUGGCCCGAAGCACAAACAGGGAAAGUUUACAGAGUUCCUGUGGGACUGACAGCUUUCGGACUUCUGGUAUUGCACUACCUACAAGCCUGCAGCAUUUUCAGGAAGAAAGCUUUAGGAAAACUGCUCCUCCAAAUGAAGCUGCUGAAUAUAUUCUAUCUGCACGUGGGCUUGGAAUGAAUGGAAGUAUGGCAGCUGUAGGGAAAAGAGUAGCAGGUGAAGCAACCCAUCUUCCACCUGUGAAUGGCUUAAUUCAAGCAAAAAAGAAAAUUUCAAAGCACUGCUUUCUUUGUGGCAAGAAAACUGGAUUGGCAACCAGCUAUGAGUGCAGAUGUGGAAACAACUUCUGUGCAACACACCGCUAUGCAGAGACUCACACUUGCACCUACGACUACAAGAGUGCAGGACGGAGGUAUUUACAGGAGACCAACCCCAUCAUUAGUGCACCAAAGCUUCCCAAAAUUUGACAUGGUUGUGCUGCAUGUGGCCACUGCUGUUGAAGAAUUGUACUGAAUUGAGAGAAGCACUUGCUUAAACUGCAUCAUUUCGCCAUGCUCCGUAUUUAAAGAUUUGCCAAGUAACAAAAGCACAUGAGGAUGCAUCGAAGAAUAAUGUGAACACUACUGCAGUUAAAACUUUUCUUCUUGAGUGAAUGAAAGGUUAAAAAUUAGUUUCUGAAAACUUACACUAUGAUUUAACUGUUACUGCACGUGUUGUGUUUUAUAUUUGGAAAAGCUAUUUCACUAGACAAGUCUUUAAAGAUGCACUUUACUAACUUUACUGUAUAACCAGAGUUGAGGAGGUGUUGUAAUGAGGGUGUCACGUAAUGUCUUCUGUACUCUUGUUUUUGUCCAUUGUGUGGUAUCUUCUAAGUUAUUUCACUAGAAAGAUCCUCCUCCCUCCCCUUUCUUCAAACAGCCUGUUUUGAGAUUUUAAGGGGAUAGUGUGUUCCACCCCUCUGUUUCAUUCUGAUUGAUAUUCGUACAUUGUGUGUCCAUUCUGAAAAUUACAUAUCAUUUAAAUCACAUUUUCUUAAAAUAAUGCUGUUUAUAUGACAAGUUUGUUUUUAAAUAGAAGGUUCCCUGUUUGUUGCCAUUAAAUAUAAGAAACAACUUAUUUUAACUUUUUUUGUAAUCCUAGAUUUUUUUAAGACUUCACAACUUGCUUUGUUAAGAUGUUGAAUGCUGUUACUGGAAGAAAUCCUAAUAAAUAUUAAAUUUUAUUCUUGUUUAUGCUGUCAUAAAUGCACAAAAUAAUUUCCCUCUUACAGUGUGUUCCUAAAUUAAAAGCUGGGUGUAUUUAUUUUUUUCUUUUUUAGUGUGACCAAGACUGUGUGCUUUAAAUAAACCUCCUGAAGUCUUACAGGUGUACCAGCAAAGGCAAAAGGGAUGCACAACAAAUGGCCUGUACUAACCUUUCUC